GCGAGGUUUUGGGGUUUAAUAGCUUGGUUUUUGUGGCGUUAGCACAAGCAGGCGAGCCUGGAAGAGGAGGGGGAGAAACCUCGUGGUAUUAGGCCCGACGGACGCCCCUUAGCCGAGCAUGGAGAGCGUGGAUGCGGCGCUGCGCUACCUGCAGCGGCAGUUUGCGAGUGUGGCCAGCGACGAAGCGCACUGGAAUGAAGAGCGCCAAAAACUACAGGCGCAGGUGCGCGAGCUCGAGGAUCAGCGGAGCGAACAGGAGCAAGCCUACAAGGAUGCCAUGCUGCGUGUUAAGAUGCUCGAGUUUGCGUUGAGACAGGAACGCGGUCGUUAUUUGGCGUCUCCCGCUGCGGUAUCUAGUGCAGGUGGAUCUUCCACCAAGCCACGUACCGAGAGUACCGAGGUCUCGCGUGGCGUGACAGUCACGCGCUCCAAGUCAGGACGCACCAUCGAGCAGCCAUCACCCGCCCCGUCGCCCGCCGGCAGCCCCAAGGCUUACAGCAUUUAUAGAACAGAUAGCAGGAACAAAAGUGCAUCCAGCACGCCCAAGAACUCACAGGGCAAGGGCACGGAAAUCUCGCGUCCUCGAAUGAUGUCCAGAACGGCGUCCGGACGAGAGGUGGAGCGUGAGAUGAACAGGACUGCGUCAGGACGGGAAGUCGAACGGGAAAUGAACAGGUCAGCUUCUGGAUCAGGACGUGAGGUGGAACGCGAGAUGAACAGAUCAGCCUCGGGAUCCGGACGGGAGGUGGAACGCGUUGAGCGUACUAUUGAGACGGCGAAGCCAUUGAAACCAGCGGUGAUCCCAAUUGCACCCAAGGGUGCUUACCGAGCACACAAGUUGAAGCUGAAGCUGUCAGGGCACAUGGAUGGAGUGCGGGCGCUUGCUUUCCACCCGACGGAGCCGCUGUUGGUGUCGGGUAGCGAGGAUUGCACAGUGAAGGUGUGGAAUUUAUCCAGUGUAGCUAAUGGCCCGCCAUCGCAGCGAGCUACCGAGGUGGACUCGCUUGUAACUAUGCGGACGCACUCGAAGAGCGUAUUGGCUCUGGCUGUGUUUAGCUCGGAAAACUCCGAAUGUCCUCCAGGCCGAGCAGGCUCAUUCGUGUCAGCGGGGCGCGAUGGAGCACUCCACCUCUUCCAGUUACCAGGUACAGAGACCGAUAAACCUGAACCGUACACGUAUCAGGAAUAUGAGAGCAUGAAAAUGCAUUCGAUUAAGGAUGCUCAUGACGACGCAAUCUGGGAUCUUCAUGCACACCCGCUUUCAAACACAUUGUUCUCGGCUGGAGCAGACGGUGUUGUUCGAACGUGGGGAGUUAUGUCAGAUCUCACGCUUCAGGGUGAACUUCGAUGCACAAGCAAGACCAACACAAAUGGGACUGGUCCGAACAUUGGUGGCUCUUUGGUGCCGACGUCAGUGCACUCGAUGCUAACGGAUCCGAAGACAUGCGUUGUCGGCUACACUAAUGGAUCCAUUGCCCAGUUCGACUAUGCUGCUGAGCGCGUUAUUCAGUUAACUCGUGCAAUUGAUGUCGACACGAAGGGACGAGGAGGUCAAGUGAAUAAGAUUACUGUGCACCCAACCAUGCCAGUCGCUAUUGCUGCUCAUCAAGACCGAAAAAUCAGGAUGUACGACAUGCGAGCAGGCGAGUGUGUCGGCUCUCUCACUGCUCAUCAGGAUACUGUUUCAUCGCUUUCUAUCGACACAGCGGGGUUGUACCUUGCUUCAGGAGGCCACGACGGUUCAUUGCGUGUUUGGUCCGUUGCUGACAGACAUUGCGUAUUUGAACAAACGGCUCAUCGACCGAAGUUGGGUGAAGCUGUGCACUCGGUGACUUAUCACUCGUCGCGCAACUUUAUCGCGACGGGCGGCGCGGACAGUACAAUAAAGAUCUUCCAGUGAGUUGUGUGAAGCAGCUUGCAGAAGGCGAUACCACCGCUCGAUCACUGUUGUCGAGCGAGUCACAGAUGGCCGUGUGAUGUGGCAAUAGCUGUGUGUUACAUGGCUGACUAGUGGAAUAGAACUACAUAACUUGCUCUCCUUCCGACUUAACCACGUAGUAGAUGUCGAAACUGUUGGUUUGCACUCCUCGUUACCAUCAAAAGCAAAACAACCAAAAGAGUUAGUUUUAGGCAUACGAAGGCCCG